AUGUCUACGUUAGACUACGCUUUUCGGGCAAAGAAUAUUCGAAAUAAGCCUCAGAUCAAUUCCUCAAUUUCCAAAAAAGCGCUACUGCGAGAAUUCACAACUGAGAUUGAGAAAUUGCGAAGUGAUCUAAUAGCGACGAGACAGAGAAAUGGGGUUUACCUUUCGGCUGAAAACUACGAGGAAAUGACUGUGGAAAGCGAAUCUCGCCGCAUUCUUAGUGAAGAACAACGGGCGAAGAUCGAGACAAUGGAGAUCAACUUGAAAACUAAAGUUCAAGAAUACCUCGCUUUGACUAGCAACUUCAACGAGAUGAAAAAGAAGAAUGAGUCAACACGGUCAACGUUAGACCAGACAAAAUCUCUUCUAGAACAGACCGAAUUGAUUUUGAGUAAGGCUCAGAAGGACCUAGAAGAAGAGACAUUGUUGCGCCGGGCGCAUCAAGUGACCGAACGGAAACUCCAUGAUAUCGGCUCGAACCUACUCUCGGUUAUUGACCAAUCUGUAACAGACGUUUCUGGGUUGCAUUCUAAGCUUAGGAGGCGGUCAGUUCUGCACAAACAGAAUAAGAAUGCCUGGGAAGAUUGCACUGCCAGGGUUCUGGACGUCACAAAAUCAGUUGAUGGCAGGAUGACGCUACUUCAUUCCCAGCAUUCGACUCUCAUUAAAGGGCUUACUGCUCGGGUGGAGGCCUUUGUAAGAGGUGAACUAGAGGCCCUGAAAAAGAGUCGUGCACUUUUUACGGAAACAGAGACCUCUCUUUCAAAAUUUGAAGAAGACUCCAGAAGUCAAAAUUACAAGAAUCGAGAUACUAUGAAUGAAGUUCUGGAGGAAAUAAAGACAUUGAGGGAAGAUGUGCAAGGUAAAGUUGGGGAAGGAUUGAAUGGACUUUCUUCUGCAGCGGCGAGGAUCUCUGGGGAAGUGAUACAGGAACUUCAGCAAUUCGAUUCCGAGGUAGGUUUUGCACACCAUAAGAAACAGAAGUAA